CGGGCCGCGCUGCCGGUGGGGUUGUGCGGCGCAGGUACCCGCGGGGUGCCGCGGGCAGGCUCUGUGGGGGGAAGGCGGUAGCGGCGGCGGUGCCGCAGUGGAUGUGACCCCACUAAUGGUCUCGGUGCCCGGGGGGUGGCGGGAGAGUGCGCGUGUAUGGGGAGCGGCAACGGCUACGGUGCCGGAGGAGAGGGGAAGGGAACGGCCUGGGUGCCAGGGUCCUCCGGAGACCGCCGUCCCGCUCCCUCGGCAGGGGCUGCCGCUCUUUCAGCCAGAGGUCAACUUCUUACAGUGUUUGUUCUUUGAACAUGAUGCAUUUUGGCUGAGGCCUGUUUUCAGCACUGCAAUACAAAUAUCACCACUUGUUGCAGUUAUUGAAGUGCGGUCCUUCAGAGUUACUAUUUAUAUGAUCAUAAUUUUGGAGGAUUUCAGCACUGAGAUUUCUGGAGUCUCCUGUGUCUAGCCAUAAUGAAUUCAUCACUGGUUGCUUAUGAUGAUUCAGACUCUGAGACAGAAACUGGCAAGACUGAAGUCCCCAGUACUUCUAGCAGACAAACAAGCCAUCCAAGUUCAUCUGUGAAUCGCGUUCAGUACUUUGCACCUGGUGGUUUGGGUACAAAAUCUACAUAUGAAAUGCAGCCUACUGAGAACGCUGACAGUUCUGGCACGAGCACUGUUUGUGAAGAUCCCCCUGAGCAUUAUGCACAGAAUAAUAACGCUGAUUUGACAUCUCCGUAUUGUAGGAGACCAUACUGUGGCCAUACUGCAUUAUGUAUGUCCUACAAAAACUAUGAACAGACAUCAAGCUCUUCAAUAAACUCUGGAAAUGUUGUUUCCCAGAAGAGAAUACAUAAAGACAGUACUACUGCUAUAAAAGGCAUUAGACCAUAUAUCCCUAAAAGAUUGCGUCAGGAAAAUUCCAGUAUGCCUGAAAAAAAAGAAUCUGAUCAGAGAGAUAGCUCAGUUUGCUCUCCUGAUAACCCUAGUUUAACAUCACAAACUUGGAGCAAGAUCUCUGAAUUAAUUAAGCCAUAUUUGGGAUCAAAAUAUAAGUUAACUGAAGUCCCCAAAAGCUUAAUAUUUUACAUGUCUAAACACUGUGGCCCUGUUAAUGAAAUCCAGUGGUGUCCUGUACGAGAGCAAAGUCACAUGCUUCUUUCAGCUUCUAUGGAUAAAACAAUCAAGGUAUGGGAUGCUGUAGAUACAGGGUGCUGUUUAAAAACUUACUCCUGUCACUCCUGUGCUGUUCGAGCUGCCUGUUGGUCAUCUUGUGGAAGAAGGAUCCUGAGUGGAGGCUUUGAUUCCAUGCUGCAUUUAACAGAUGUAGAAACAGGGAAGCAGAUAUUUAGCAGCAAAAAUGAAUUUAGGAUCAGCGCGCUGAAGUUCCACCCUACAGAGUCAAAUAUAUUCAUUUGUGGAGGGUUCAGCUCAGAAGUUAAAGCUUGGGAUAUAAGGACUUCUAAGCUGUUAAGAGUGUACAAAGCUGCAGUACAACAGACAUUGGAUAUACUUUUUCUCCCCGAAGGAAGAGAAUUUCUUACAAGCACAGAUGCAGUAAGCCGGGACUCAGCUGAUCGUACCAUUAUUGCUUGGGACUUUCAAAGUGCUGCGAAAAUCUCCAAUCAGAUUUUUCAUGAGCGUUACACUUGCCCAAGCCUGACUCUGCACCCAAAAGAGUCUAUGUUUGUUGCUCAGACGAACGGGAACUACAUGGCUUUGUUUUCUACCCAGCGACCUUACCGAAUCAACAAAAAGAAAAGAUACGAAGGACAUAAGGUGGAAGGAUUUGCAGUGGGCUGUGAAUUUUCUCCAGAUGGAACACUUUUGGUGACAGGAAGUUCAGAUGGCAAAGUGUUUUUCUACAACUAUCAUACUGCUAGGAUUAUUCGCACUUUGUCUGCACAUAAAGAAGCUUGUGUGAGUGCAAUAUUUCACCCAGUCUUGCCUUCGCUCCUUGCAACAUGUGAUUGGGCUGGAGAAAUCAAGAUCUGGCAAUAACAAGCAGAGUUAGUUUUUAGGAUGUCUCCUGUUAGUCUGUCAAAGGUGUAGGAAAUAAACCAUGGUAUGCAAUGUGAAAUUCUGUUGUGAUGUGUUGUAAGCAGGAGAGACUGUUGUCUUUUCUUCUAUGACCUUUAAGUCUGUGCUAUCAUAAUGGAGUUAAAAUGGUUUUGUGAUUAACUGCUGAGCAAAGAAGUGGUCUUACUCCCUCCCUGAGCCCUGGUGACAAAUUUUUGCCCCUUUUGUUUCAAUCUUCUGGUGCUCAUCCAGCCCCACCCUGGUUCAAGUAACUACAUUUAAGAAAAUAAUUGUUCUUUUUAUGUAGCUUUUCAAUGCAGAUGUCUUGAAUCAGGUUUUAGCAUAGAAUCACAGAAUCAUUUAAGUUGGAAAAGACCUUUAAGAUUGUUGAGUCCAAAUAUAAACACAACACUGCCAAGUCCACCACUAAACCAUGUCUCUAAGUGCCAUCCUCCAGGGAAGGUGACUCAACUGCUUCUCCGGGCACCCUGUUCCAAUGCUUGACAGUCUUUUUGGUGAAGAAAUUUUUCCUAACAUCCAAUCUAAACCUCCCUGGUGCAACGUUUCGUCUCGUCCUCACCAAAAGUUGGAGGGGACAUAUUAUUUAACAGAGGAUGAUGUUCAGAUCAAUUAAUGCCUAUUUUGUCUUCCUGCGAUUUUUUUUUUUUUUUUCCCACUACUUUAUACUAUUUUUCACUCUUUCAGCUCCCUAACAUAGCCACUGAAGGCUUAGACAAACAAGUGUAGUUCAAGGCAAAACAGCUCCUACGCACAAGAAAGGGGAAUAUUGCAGGGCAGGUGGGACUACUUCUUUUGGAAAUGAUUGGCUGUUACUAGCUUUUGAGAGUUUCAGGGAAAGGUAUGCCAGAUAACUUGAAGCUAAUUUUGAAGUUAAUAAAUUUGUGUUGAAAUCCUGGUGUUUAAACUUCGGUUUUAAACUUACAUUUAUGACUGUACAUAAGGAAAGGAAUACUAUGUGUAAAUAUUUUUGGUGAAAAAAAUAAACAUUUUUU